AUGGCGCAGUCGAGAAUUCGUAUGGUCUCUGGUCUCGAGGUGGCUGUUAUCGACCGGGCCGCGUCUAUUUUUGAAUCUCGUCGUCACGUGUCUAUUAUUUUUCGAACGCGAUCGGGGCGUCCGAUCCUGGUCCUGGUCCUGUUCCAUCGUCGUCGCCCAGUGCAACCUCGUCAAUCCGCAUCUACCAUGGGCAAGUCUCAAAAGAAAAAGAACAUGCGCCGGCACAAUCCUAUGCGCGUGCCGGAUUCACAUCUACCAAAAGGACUCGCAUCGGCGUCCGAGUCGUCCUCGAGAUCGAAUGAGAUUCUUCCGAUCCUACAGAAAAUGCAGAGCACGGAUGGCGCAGAGCGAAAAUGGGCAUGCGUAGCUGUGUCGAAUCUAAUCCAGAACGACCCGUCGACGAGGCGCUUGCUGCAAGGAAAAAAUGUCGUUGGGGCUUUGAUCACACGGCUGACGGAUAGUGAGGAAGAGGUCGUGGUCGAAGCUAUCGGAGCCUUGAGGAAUCUAUGCAUCGACGGAGGGUAUGAUAUCUGCGCCGAGAUGUACAAUAAAAACAUUCUUACGCCUCUGAAGGCGUUCAUCCCGAAAAUCUCCACGACUUUAUCCCAAUUCCUCAACGACCCAAAAGCCGCUCCAGAAAAUGUUCAGAGGAUAGUAUACGACUUUGCGGACAACAUGAUUACAGCUCUAUGGUGUCUCUCAGAAACAUCAAAUAAAGCGCUGAAUGCGAUCAACGACUUUCAUCUUGUCCCGUUCUUGAUGUCCUUCCUUGCGGCGCGCGAUAAAUUGCCGCUGGCACCUGUAACAGCAGCAGCCCAGUGUCUGUAUGUUCUUACCGAUGAUAACAGUCCUGCAAUUUCGGACGUCAGAGCUGAUGCCUCAUACAUCUCGUGUCUCCUUUCGAUCGCGCGUCAGGAGCAGACACAACCUCUCAAAACUCCAGUGGACCCUCGAGCUGUUACAUUGUCGAUAUUGGCAGCUGGAACACUACGAAAUAUCUUGCCCAUCCCUCCUCCCUCAGCGGUGUCUUUCGUUGACAUCGACAAAGAUGUAAUUCUUCCUCUCCUCCAGCCUGUCAUCUCAUCUAUUUCCCUCUCGGAUACAUCAAAUCUUGUCCAAGAGCUCGUUCGGAGGCAGGCGAACGAACCUCAGAUCGAGAACUUGUCUCUUAAGGCACCAAAAUCCGACCACAAGACGUCUAUCGGGAUUGAACUAGAGCAGUUGGAAAAUAAGCUGCGCAGUGUGCAGUUGGCUCUUGAGAUCCUCACUGGGGUGUGUGCUACCCUGCCAGACCCAGAGCCGGAUUUGCCGGCGAAUGAAGAGGAUGUAGAAGAUGAUGACAUCGAAAUUGACGUUGGUGAUAUCGACAUGGGUGAAGAGCCCGAAAAACCUUCAAACGAUUCUAGUAGCCCAUCGUUCCUCGCAACGUUGGUAGCACCUUUACUUGCACUCGUACAACCAACGGCACUCUCUUUUCCCCCUCUCUCAUCUCCUUCGAUACACCCGCCGACAACGUCUGCUUUGAGCGCGGUGCAUAUAGGUGCCCUCGAAUGCUUGAACAACAUCUUCCUUUCCCUGACAACUUCGCCGAAUCCCAAAAUCGCUUCUGAUGCUAAUAGCGGACUAAUUGUCUGGAACGGCAUCUGGUCUGCGUUGGGUUUAAUCGGCACGCAGACGGGGUUGGGUCAAGAGCGUAGACAAGAAGCAUGGGAAGUUGCUAUGGGCGUUCUCUGGGGUGUUGGAAGGGUGUGGAAAGGGUCUCUGACCCCAGACAGUGAACAAGUCAAUCUUCUGAUCCAACUGUGCAAUUCAACCUCGGACCCUCGACUUCGAGUGAAAUGCAUCGGUGCUCUCGAGUGUCUUGCUCAGAACCCAUCUGCCAUAGACGCGAAUCGAAUAAUCUCCGAAUAUUUGUUCUCCAUCUUGCCAACUGCAUCUAGCACAUUCUCUAUGGAAGCUGAGCCUAUGAUCCAAGCGGCAUCAGCUCUAAUUGACAUCUAUUCAGACGAGACACUGCCCUACGACGUGAACUUCCGUCAGGGCAAUUACCUAGACCGAUUGGUGGCAAGCGUCGAGAGCAUUAGAAAGGCCAUCAGGGCCAUUGAUAGGCGCCGGGAUGGAGGCAAAGAGCUGAGAAGGAGAGGCGACGAGGUCAGAGACAACUUGGUAGACUUUAUUCAGUAUCGCAGGGAUUUGCGCCUUUGA